UGUGGCUCCUCCCUCUUGGCCAUAUCGCCUGACUUCCGGCGGAAGCGGCCUCAACAAGGGAAACUUUAUUGUUCCCGUCGGGGCGGCGACGAUGUCGGUGAAUUACGCUGCGGGGCUGUCGCCGUACGCGGAUAAGGGCAAGUGCGGUCUCCCGGAGAUCUUUGACCCCCCGGAGGAGCUGGAGCGGAAGGUGUGGGAGCUGGCAAGGCUGGUCCGGCAGUCCUCCAAUGUGGUGUUCCACACAGGCGCGGGUAUCAGUACCGCCUCUGGCAUCCCUGACUUCAGAGGUCCCCACGGCGUCUGGACCAUGGAAGAGCGUGGCCUAGCCCCCAAGUUUGACACCACCUUUGAGAACGCGCGCCCCACACAGACGCACAUGGCGCUGGUGCAGCUGGAGCGUGUAGGCCUCCUGCACUUCGUGGUCAGCCAGAACGUGGACGGGCUACACGUGCGCUCCGGCUUCCCCAGGGAUAAAUUGGCAGAGCUGCACGGGAACAUGUUUGUGGAAGAAUGCGCAAAGUGUAAGACGCAGUAUGUCCGGGACACAGUUGUGGGCACCAUGGGCCUCAAGACCACAGGCCGACUCUGCACCGUAGCCAAGGCAAGGGGACUACGGGCCUGCAGGGGGGAGCUGAGAGACACCAUCCUAGACUGGGAAGAUGCACUGCCGGACAGGGACCUGGCUCUUGCUGAUGAGGCUAGUAGGAAUGCUGACCUGUCCAUCACCCUGGGCACCUCCCUGCAAAUCCGGCCCAGUGGGAAUCUGCCCCUGGCCACCAAGCGCCGGGGAGGAAAGCUGGUCAUCGUGAACCUGCAGCCCACCAAGCACGACCGACACGCUGAUCUGCGCAUCCAUGGCUAUGUAGAUGACGUCAUGACACAACUCAUGAAGCACCUGGGGCUGGAGAUACCAGCCUGGGAUGGUCCCCGUGUGCUGGAAAAGGCCCUGCCACCCCUGCCACGCCCCCCAACCCCUAAGCUCGAGCCCACAGACAAAUCCCUAGCCCAGCUCAAUGGCUCUGUGCCUGCUGACUCCACAGAGCCCUGCACCUGGCACAAUGGCUCCCAGCCUGCCAGCCCCAAAAGGGAACAGCCAGACAGUCCUGCACCCCGCCGGCCCCCCAAAAGGGUGAAGGCCGAGGUGACUCCCAGCUGACACGGGUGCUCGGGGAGGGUGGGGCUUUUUGUAGAAACCACAGAUUCUUUUUUUCUUAUGGUGUCACUUUGUUACAUGUAUCUCUCUUAUGGGGACCUCAGGGCUCUGAGACCUGGGCUCCAGCCCAGGGUCCAACCCAUCCUCACUGUGUCUCCCUUGGCUCUUGUGGCUCUUAGUGAGAGCCUUGCCUUGGGGCUCCCAGUUACGCCCCAGCCUCUGACUCAGGAUGGUCUGGGGAAGGGGCAGCUGGACUCUUCCUGGCUUCCUCCCAGGACCCCUCACUCACACCCCAGCCCCUCCUGGCUCUUGAUCUGUCUCCCUAAAGGCGCCUUUACAGACCCUCCAGGAUGGGAGCCAAACCUCACAGUGGGCAGACAGUAGGGUGGAGGGAGAGAGAGGAGGGGUGGGUGGCUUCCUGGGGGUUUCCCAAAAUCUCCAACGCAAUAAAGCAGAACUCUCCUGCAUCUGAGUGUGUUGACGGCCCCAGCGUGUGCCACCCCAAUGGGGCUGGAGCAGGCUGACCACCCAGAGGGGCCUGGAGGGAUCUGGCCAGUUUCCUGAUGCAACUUUGGGCAACUUUUGUUGUUUUUUGAGCCAAGGUCUUGCUAUGUAGCACAGGCUGUCCUGGAACUCACGAUCCUCCUGCUUCUGUCCCCCAGUGCAUGGCC